GCUUUAUUUAGACCUAACCAAAUGCGUCACAAUAAAGCGACACAAUUUGUAAAUGAAAUAAGAAAGACAACAAGAUGAAAACGGCUCGACAGAAAAAGGCAAGGAGGAAUUUAAGUUUUUUCAUUAAUAAUUUUAAAUUUCGAUCACCUUUCCAAGUUCUUAUCGAUGGUACAUUUGCUUUAGCUGCAUUGGAGAAUAAAUUUAAUAUUCAUGAUCAAUUGUCAAAGUACCUUCAGUCAGACGUCAAGUUAUUAACCACACCAUGUAUAAUACUUGAAACUGAAAAAUUAGCUUCUUUUUCAAAAGCAGUUAAUGGUGCUAUGCAAAUAGUUAAACAGUAUUCAAUACAUAAAUGUGGCCAUGAAAAACAUUCAAUUAGUGGUACUAAGUGUUUAUUAUCUAUGGUUGCAAAGAAUAAUUCAUCAAGAUAUAUUAUAGCCACACAAGAUAGAGAACUUCAGGAUAACUUAAGGAACAUACCAGGUGUUCCAAUAAUAUAUCUACAUGGUAAAGCACCAACAUUGGAAGCACCUUCACGACCUAGCCAAGAAUAUGCUGAAAGUAUUCGUAAAGGAUUGGGAAUGACUGAGUGGGAAAGAGAAAAUAUGAAAGUCCUAAAGGAAGCAGCUGGUUUCACUAAAGAAACACAAGUGACUGUGAAGAAGAAAAAAAAGAAGGGAGGUCCAAACCCCCUUAGUUGUUUAAAGAAAAAGAAGAAGCCUCAACUUACAAAGAAUAUUAAGGAGAAAAAGUCUGGAAAAGUUAGAAAGCGAAAGAAAAUAAAAGUAGCAGCACAUAUUAAAGAAGUACUGGUUGCUGAAGUAAAAAAUAGACAGGUAGAAAAAAAUAAAAUCAGUUGAAAAUAGGUAUAAAAAUAUUACAGUAUUUGUGGAAAUAAAUUAUCUCACAAUUCUCUUCCUUUAUAUAUACAUUCAGAUUCUUCAAAACAGUUUUCUUUCUUUAAUUCACAAAUGUAAAGUAAUUAUAAGUCAAUGUGUAUUUUUGUUGCACAAAUAAAUUCACAAAUAUA